GGUGCCCUCUCGCUGCCUGGACCACCCGCCCUGUCUCAGCUUCUCCCAGGCGAUGCCUCCGCUCUGGGUCCUGCUGGCCCUCGGCUGCCUGAGACUUGGCUCGAGUGUGAACCUCCAGCCCCAACUGGCUAGUGUGACCUUUGCCACCAACAAUCCCACGCUCACCACCGUGGCCUUGGAAAAGCCUCUCUGCAUGUUUGACAGCUCCGUGCCCCUCCCUGGCACCUACGAGGUCUACCUCUAUGUACUGGUCGACUCAGCCAGCUCCAGGAAUGCCUCUGUACAGGACAGCACCAUGACCCCAUUCAGCUCAACAUUCCAGCAGACGGAGGGAGGAAGGACAGGUCCCUAUAAGGCCGCAGCCUUUGACCUGACCCCAUGCAGUGACCUGCCCAGCUUGGAUGCUGUUGGGGAUGUGUCCCAGGCCUCGGAGAUCCUGAACGCCUACCUGGUCAGGGUGGGCACCAAUGCGACCUGCCUGUUCGACCCCAACUUCCAGGGCCUCUGCAACCCACCCCUGUCAGCAGCCACGGAAUACAGGUUCAAGUUCGUCCUCGUCAAUAUGUCCACGGGCUUGGUCCAGGACCAGACCCUGUGGUCAGACCCCAUCUGCACCCACCGGCUCAUCCCGUACUCGUCGAUCGACACGUGGCCCGGCCGGCGGAGCGGGGGCAUGAUCGUCAUCACAUCCAUCCUGGGCUCCCUGCCCUUCCUCCUGCUUGUGGGCUUUGCUGGCUCCAUCGUCCUCAGCCUCAUGUGA